CUAAAUGCUUUAUAAAUGUUGACUAAUGUGAUUCUCCCAAGGACCUAUGAGGCAGGUACCAUAAUCAUUGUUAUCCCCAUGUUACAGAUGAGGCCCAGAAAGGUUAAGCAAACUGCCCGAGGCCACAAAACCUGUAAGUGGCAGAGCUGGGAUUUGAACUGAGACCGGCCAGCUCCAUAGUCUAUGUCUUAACCAGCAUGGCACACACUCCCUGUCUAUUUCAUGUCAGUUAUCUGCUGAUGGUCAUGAUAUAAUAUUUUGGAGACAUGUUUAUAGGAGUAAAACAUGGUAAAGGUAAAGAUCAAUAGUAAGUGGAUAAUUAAUAGUAGCACCAGUGAAAACCUCAAAUGCAGUAGGCCAGUGGCAGGAGUUCUGAACACUCCAGUGUGGCUGCAGGGAUACAGCACGUGGACCAUGAAAGCUGAGUUGAGAGGAUGGGAGGGGAAAGGUGUUGGAGGGGAGGAGUCUGCUCCGGCAGAGGCAGAGACGCAUGACGAAGCCUGGGCUGCCGGGGAGAUGAUGAGUAAUUCAGGGCAGUCAGCCAGUAAUGUCAGGAAACCCAUGCACUGGUACAGCAUUUCACAGUCCAUGAAGCACUACCACAUCUGCUUUCUCACAGCCUUUUCUUCACUGCCAGGUGCAGUGAGCACUAUUGUCCCCAUUUCAGAGAUGGUCACUGAGUUCAGAGAGUAAAAGAGCCAGAGAAGAGCUACUAUUUGCUCCCAAGAUCUUCUGGCUUCAAAUUCUGAGUUCUUUUCUCUACUCCACUGUGUCAGGGAUCUUUGGUGGCAAGUGACAGAAAUAGAAAUUCAACACGAUUGAGCAACAUAGGUGGUUUUUUUGGCUCAUGGAAAUGAGAAGUCCACAGGGUGGACAUCAGAUAUGGCUGAAUCCAGGACCUCACAUGAUGCCAUGGGGACUCCUGAUAUGUAUUUCUCAGUAUGGAUGCCAUUUUCAAGGAGGCUGUCUCCACGAGGUGACAAAGAUGGCUACAAGCUCUCAGAAGAUACCAAAAAAAGUGUCAGUUUUCUAGAGUUCUAGAAAAAAAAAUCUCAGGACUGCUUUCACUGGCCUUGCCUGGGUUGACAUCCAUCCCUGAUGCAAUCACUGUGGUCAGACAGAUGGGGUGUUUUGAUUGGCCAAGCCUGGGUCAGGAGCCCACUUUGUGGAGCAUGGGGUGGAGUCAGCCUCAGGCAAACCACUAGAGGCAGCUCAGAUGGAGGAGCUCUUUGGGAAGAGAUGCCGGGCAGGCAGAAGCAGCAGGUACCCGCUCCGCAUCCCUAGGGCUCUGUGAUGUAGGCAGAGGCCUGUAGGAGUCAGCAUGCUGCGUGGCUGGGCCGCCCCCUUGCUCCUGCUGCUGCUCCAGGGAGGCUGGGGCUGCCCCGACCUCGUCUGCUACACCGAUUACCUCCAGACGGUCAUCUGCAUCCUGGAGAUGUGGAACCUCCACCCCAGCACGCUCACCCUUACCUGGCAAGACCAGUAUGAAGAGCUGAAGGACGAGGCCACCUCCUGCAGCCUCCACAGGUCGGCCCACAAUGCCACGCACGCCACCUACACCUGCCACAUGGAUGUAUUCCACUUCAUGGCCGACGACAUUUUCAGUGUCAACAUCACAGACCACUCUGGCAACUACUCCCAGGAGUGUGGCAGCUUUCUCCUGGCUGAGAGCAGGUUUUCCCACCAAGUCAAGCCAGCUCCCCCUUUCAACGUGACUGUGACCUUCUCAGGACAGUAUAAUAUCUCCUGGCGCUCAGAUUACGAAGACCCUGCCUUCUACAUGCUGAAGGGCAAGCUUCAGUAUGAGCUGCAGUACAGAAACCGGGGAGACCCCUGGGCUGUGAGUCCGAGGAGAAAGCUGAUCUCAGUGGACUCAAGAAGUGUCUCCCUCCUCCCCCUGGAGUUCCGCAAAGACUCAAGCUAUGAGCUGCAGGUGCGGGCAGGGCCCAUGCCUGGCUCUUCCUACCAGGGGACCUGGAGUGAGUGGAGUGACCCGGUCAUCUUUCAGACCCAGUCAGAGGAGUUAAAGGAAGGCUGGAACCCUCACCUGCUGCUUCUCCUCCUACUUGUCAUAGUCUUCAUUCCUGCCUUCUGGAGCCUGAAGACCCACCCAAUGUGGAGGCUAUGGAAGAAGAUGUGGGCCGUCCCCAGCCCCGAGCAGUUCUUCGUGCCCCUGUACAAGGGCUGCAGCGGAGACUUCAAGAAGUGGGUGGGUGCUCCCUUCACUGGCUCCAGGCUGGAGUUGGGACCCUGGAGCCCAGAAGUGCCCUCAGCCCUGGAGGUGUACAGCUGCCACCCACCACAGAGCCCGGCCAAGAGGCUGCAGCUCACGGAGCUACGGGAGCCAGCAGAGCUGGUGGAGUCUGACGGCGUGCCCAAGCCCAGCUUCUGGGCGACGGCCCAGAACUCAGGAGGCUCAGCUUACAGUAAGGAGAGGGACCGGCCGUACGGCCUGGUGUCCAUUGAUACAGUGACUGUGCUAGAUGCAGAGGGGCCAUGCACCUGGCCCUGCAGCUGUGAGGAUGACGGCUACCCAGCCCUGGACCUGGAUGCUGGCCUGGAGCCCAGCCCAGGCCUAGAGGAUCCACUCCUGGGUGCGGGAACCACAGUCCUCUCCUGUGGCUGUGUCUCAGCUGGCAGCCCUGGGCUAGGAGGGCCCCCGGGAAGCCUCCUGGACAGACUAAAGCCACCCCUUGCAGAUGGGGAGGACUGGGCUGGGGGACUGUCCUGGGGUGGCCGGUCGCCCGGAGGGGUCUCAGAGAGUGAGGCGGGCUCGCCCCCGGCUGGCCUGGAUAUGGACACGUUUGACAGUGGCUUCGUGGGCUCUGACUGCAGCAGCCCUGUGGAGUGUGACUUCACCCGCCCCGGGGAUGAAGGGCCCCCCCGGAGCUACCUCCGCCAGUGGGUGGUCAUUCCUCCGCCACUUUCGAGCCCUGGACCCCAGGCCAGCUAGUGACACUGACCGGCUGUCCAGCGCUGGCCAGGCCACUGGGCCCUGACCCAGAGACAAGGCCACUUGAGCUAUGAUGUGAAGACACCUGCAGCCUUUGGUCUCCUGGAUGGGCCUUUGAGCCUGAUGUUUACAGUGUGUGUGUGCGUGUGCGCGUGCAUGUGCACGUGCAUAUGCAUGUGUAUGUGUGCAUAUGCGUGUGUGUGUGCAUAUGUGUGCGUGAGUGUGUGUAUGUGUGUGUCUUAGGUGCGCAGUGGCAUGUCCACCUGUGUGUGUGAUUGCAUGUGCCUGUGGGCCUGGAAUAAUGCCCAUGGUACUCCAUACAUUCGUCUGCCCUGUACAUAUCUGGGCCCACGGAGCUCAUCCAUGUGCACGAGUGUGCACAGCAAACAUGUCUGUGGUCAACAGAUGACAACAGCCAUCUUCCCUUCUAGGGUCUUGUGUGGCAAGCUGGUCCACAGCACCUCCGGGGCUUUGUGGGAUCAGGGCAUAGUGUGACAGAGGCCGACUCCAGGCCUCCAGCUCCUGCCUCCAGGAGCUGCAAGAAGUCCAUGUUGUUCCUUAUCACCUGCCAGCAGGAAGGGAAAGGGGAUGGAGUGAGCCCACAGUGACCCCGGGAAUGGGAAGGCCCAUGGACGAAGGUCUGAAUCCCGACUCUGAUACCUUCUGGCUGUGCUACCUGAGCCAAGUUGCUGCCCCUCUCUGGUCUAGAGUUUCCUUGUCCGGACAAUGGGGAAGGCAUGACCCACCUGGGGGAAAUUGGCGAUGUCACCCGUGUACAGUACACAGCCCAGAGCAGACCCUCAAUAAACGUCAGCUUCCUUCCUUCUGUGGCCAGAGCCGAGGCGGGCGGGGGUGAGAACAUCAAUCGUCAGUGACAGCCUGGGUGCCCAAGGGGCCGUCCCACUUGCAGAGGGCCACUCAGGGGGUUUCCAGGCUUAAAAUCAGUCUGUUGCAUCUCGUGGAAACAGCUCCCCACCAACCAAGAUUUCUUUUUCUAACUUCUGCUACUAAGUUUUUAAAAAUUCCCUUUAUGCACUCAAGAGAUAUUUGUUAAACACCAAUUACAUAGCAGGCCAAGGCUCAUGGGACCCUUCCCCCGUGGCAUUCAUGGAGGGAGGGUGCAGGCCGGAACCAUGCAGUAUGCUCCAGCCACACGUCCUGCUGGCCCCCCCCACCCCGCCCCAGUUCAGUCCUGCAUCUUAUUUGUUCAUCCUGGAUAACUGAAGAAAGGUCAAGUUUUUAAUCAUUGAUUUGUCAGAGAACCUGUCGAAGUGUGAAUUAAGAAGCUAAGAAAAUACUUCUUAGCAACAUUUUCUUUUUCUUUUUUUUUCUUUUGAGACAGAGUUUCACUCUUGUUGCCCAGGCUGGAGUGCAGUGGUGCAAUCUCGGCUCACCGCAACCUCUGUCUCCCCGGUUCAAGCGAUUCUCCUUCAUCAGCCCCCGAGAAGCUGGAAUUACAGGCACACACCACUACACCUGGCUAAUUUUUGUAUUUUUAGUAGAGCUGGGGCCACCCUGGCCCGGCCCCAUCUUCCCCAAAGGGCAGACUGCAGGCUGCAGGGCGGUGCUGGAGGAGCCAGCUCUGGCUCACUCACGCUUUUGGAGCAGGGUUGCGUUGGAAGUCAGCAGAAGUUGGUCCUUCAUUUCUCAUCUGUGAAAUGGGGUGGUUGGGAGAGGUAGCUGAGAGAAUGCGUGAGAGUCCUUGGUGCCUGGCAGGAGGCUGGAAGGUUUUAGAACACUGGUGGUUAUAAGGGUGGGACUGUGAGCCUGGGACCGAGGGGUGUGAGACUUGGAUGGGAGCACAAGAGUAGAAGCACAGCUUCUGCACGGGGGGCCGCCCUCAGCACCCCCUGCACCUGCACCCUAGGGACUCUUGGGUCCAGAUGUGCUGUGGUUUUCACACCUUCUUGGGGGCAACAGGUUCCAGGAGCCACCUGCAGGUGUCACCUGAGCUAGGCUCCCAGGAAACCAGCGCAGCUCUCCUGCACCCAGAGCUUGCUGGGUGGGGGAGGGGAACACAGAUGGCUGGGGAGGGCCCGACUGAGGCCAGACUGGGGGACUCUGGACUGGAGCAGACGAGGUUUCUCAGGAUCCCACCUUUGAAGGGAACUCAGUCCAUAAACACAGAGGAGCAAAGUUGGAGGCUAGGCGCAGUAACUCACACCUGUGAUCCCAGCACUUGGGAGGCCAAGGCAGGUGGAUCACUUGAGGCCAGGAGUCCAAGACCAGCCUGGGCAACAUAGCAAGGCCCUAUCUCUACAAAAAUUAUUAUUUUUUAAAAAAAUUAGCCUGGCGUGGUGGUGCUUGCCUGUAGUCCCAGCUGCUCGGAAUGCUAAGGUGGGAGGAUCGCUGGAGCCCAGGAGUUUGAGGCUGCAGUGAGCUGUGAUUGCACCGUUGCACUCUAGCCUGGGUCACAGAUCAAGACCCUGUCUCUUAAAAAUAAAAGUUGGAGACAAGAGCUGGCUCAUCACCUGAAAGGACGGAUUAGUAGCUAGGAGGGUGGGUGGAGGAUGGAUGAAUGUGUGGAUGGAUAGGAGGAUGGUAUUAAGUUGGUGCAAAAGUCUUUGCUAUUACUCUUAAUGGCUUUAAUAAAGAGCUUGAAGGAAGAAUGGUUGGUUGGAUAGACAGAGAUAAACGCAUACUGGAAACAAAGAUAAAGAUAAAACACAAGUCAUACCAGGCCAGCAACUCUGUCUGUUUUGUUCACUGCCUUUAGUCUCAGCCUGGCACAUAGUAGGCACUCAAUAAAGCCUGAUUUGUAGCA